AUGGGCCUUCUGCGGUUCUGCUGGUGCUGGCUGGCGGCUGCCCCCUGUCUCCUGCACUGCAGUCUGCUCCUCGCCUCAGCAAUGCUUGAUCUGAACUCUUCUUUCUUGGAGCCUCAACGACAACCUAUGAUCAUCAUCACAGGAUUCAACAGUGAUGUUUCCAUUCAGCGUAAAGAAAAACAAUCUCAACAAACUGGCAGCUCAAUAAAACAUUCGAGACAACCAACAAAGCAAGAUCCGAUGAGCAAGCGUACCACGAUGUCGGCAGCGGCGGCAUUGCCACUGGAUCUGGUCUUAAGCUUCUUGGCGACGGGGGCCAGCUUGGCUGCGGACAUGGGGCCAGCUUGGCUUCUUGGGGAUGGGGGCCUCGAUGGCCUAAUCAGAGGCAGAUGCGCCUUCCUUCUUCUUGUCGACGGGAUUGGUCUCCGGCGUCGACGCCAUGGCGGUCACCUAGGGCAUGGGCGUGAUUGGAGCGACAGUUGGCGCGUCGGCAAUGGGAGUGCUACUGUGGGCGGGAGGGGCGACGGGAGCAGGGGUGGCCGGGCCGGGGUGGCGGAGAAGGCCGGCGCGGCGGCCGGCGCUGGGAGGGGGCGAGCGCUAGCGGCAGCAUUGGGGUAG